CGCACGGAGGGAAGCUUCCGGUCUUCUCUCCACGUGCGGUUGUUUAAAAGUGUCUCCGUCAUGGCAGGCUCGGUCUCUCAGCAGCUCGAGGACCUGCUGAAUCCGCUACCGAAAUUUGCGGAUCCGGAGGACGACGACGACGAGGCGACUAAAGCCAGAGUGAUAGAGAGAUUCACCGAGGAAGAGGAGGAGGAGGAGGAAGAUGGAGUCAGAGUGAGCGCGCUGAGGAAGAACAACACAAGUCUGCUGUCAGACACCGACAGACGGUAUGUGGGGAGGAAAGUGUCCCGGAAAGACCUGGAGAUGGACACUGAGGAGGAGGAGGAGGAGGAGGAGGGAGAAGGAAGCAUGGAAGAGCUCGAAGAAGAGGAGGAGGAUUCUUUAGGUGAUGAUGAUGAUGAUGAUGAAGAGGCUGAUGAUGAUGAUGAUGUAGAAGAUGAGGAGGAGGAGGAGUUGGAGGACGAUGAUGCUCAACUUGAGUCCAAGAAAAAAGACACCGACGUGACCUUUCCUCGAGGUGUUGACUUCCACAAACUGACCGAGGGCAUGGACGACCUGGGAGUGAGCGAAGACGACGAAGACGAAAGUGGCGAGGAGACUGAAGGCAGCGAUGAAGAUGAAGAUGACGAUGACGAUGAAAUUGAAGAUGAUGAGGAUGAGGAGGAAACGGUGCGCACGUUCUCUCAAGACAAAAUCGACGAGGAGGUGGAGAAAGGCAAGGCCGUGAAGAACCAGCUCGCCCUUUGGGACCAGCUCCUCGAAGGUCGGAUCAAACUCCACAAAGCUCUGCUGACCGCCAACCAGCUCCCGCAGCCGCAAACCCUCCCGGAGUUCAAGAGGAGGGGCGGCGCGGAGCUCGGCGAGAAGCUGAAGAACGCCCACAAAGCUCUGAAAGCUCUGCAGCGGUCCCUGCUGGAGCUGCACGACCAGCUGCUGCACCAGAACGCCGACACCAGGAGCGUCGCUCAGGGAGCUCACGGCGAAGACGAAGAGAUCGACAGCGACGAAGAGGCGCCUGAGCGGUCGGCGCCCAAACGGAAACUAGAGAUGGCAGAGUAUCCGGACUUCAUGGCCAAACGUUUUGCCGCUUUCCAACCUUACCGGAACGCCACGUUGCAGAAGUGGCACGACAAAACCAGGCUGACGAUGGGCAAAAGCAGCAAAGGUUUCGGGGCGUUCGAGAGGAACAUCCUGACUCAGGUGGAGCAGGUGCUGCUGGACAAUGAGCGCCUUGUACGGCGAACCCAAACACGCCGCUCCGAGUACAAAAUCCUCGGGAAGGAAGAAAUCUCGGAGAUCGUCCCCGCAGAAGGAGAAGAACCGCAGCUGAAAUCAAACGCGCACCUGAAGGAUCUGGACGAGGAUAUUUUCGACGACGACGACUUCUACCACCAGCUGCUCCGAGAGCUCAUCGAGCGCAAGACGAGCGCGGCGGACCCCAACGACCAGGUGGCCAUGGGGAGGCAGUGGCUCGCCAUCCAGAAGCUGCGCAGCAAGAUCAAGAAGAAGGUCGACACCAAAGCCAGCAAGGGGCGCAAAGUCCGCUUCCACGUCCACAGCAAGCUGGUGAAUUUCAUGGCGCCGAUCGACCACAGCUCGGUGAGCGACGAGGCGCGCAGCGAGCUCUACCGAGGACUCUUCGGACAGAACGCUGCAGUCAGGGAGUGACGGGGACGAGGUACUCACGCCGAAGUAGAAACUCUUCUGCAGAGCAGCAGUUUGUUCACUGUAAAAUCUGACCAGCUGAUUUAACCCUUUGAGUUAGUCGGCUCGAUUUCUUCCAAAAACACGGUGAGAAGGCAAUGAGCAACGACAGACGACACGAGCCAAAAACCAGCAGAAAUUAGUUAAAAAAGUAGAAAAUAAACUUUAAAAAAAACAACAAAAAAACAUACUAAACUAACAAGGCAAACACGAUUUUGGAAAAGUGAAUAUUUCUAAGACAAAUAUUUAAAUAUGUAAUUAUGGUAAUUGGAAAUAUAGUCUUUCCCUAGCUUUUUGUUAUUUUUCCAUC